UUCCACCUUCAAGCGUCAAGUUGAUUCAAGCAGGGAAGUUUCGGCAUGUCUGCAGACCUCCGGGGAGCUGAGUCACAGCCUCUACUCACGCUGAAGCGUUUCGCAUCACGAGGCUCUGGUCCGGAGACGGGCCGCUUUUAUUUUGGAGAUCAUGAGGCUCGUUUGUGGAUGAAGCGUUUUGAAAUGAAGCUUUCACUUGACAACUUUCCAAGCAUUCACUCGCUCUUUCAUGUCAACGAGCUGACAACUGCUGGCUCCAUCCAGGAGAAGCCCCCUUUUUCUUCUACUACUUAAGGUACAAGUGGGGAGGGUCGGGAAGGGGGGGCAUAAGAGGGCCAAAUGGCCUGGUGGGAUUUGCCGCAUUGUUCACUCCGGUGGAGGUUGGAGGCCACCGCUCUAAUCCGGAGACUGCUUCUCAAUACACAAGUGAGGCAGUCAGGACGGGACCUGUUCGUCUGCCCCCCUCCCCCUCCCAUCGACGCCCACUUUGAAAUUCUGCCCUUCACCUUGUCUUCUGGAAGUGGAGAGAAUAUUCCUUGCAUGUUGCUGGCAAGCUGCGUACACAACAGUCUCUCUCAAUGCAGGGACCACCGUCACGUUUUUCACCGUUUUGUUCAUUAAAGACGCUAAAAGCAAUCCAGCGUCAACUAAUUUUAAUCACAAAAAUAACAGAAACUUCAAAAGCAAGACUCCCUCUUGCGUUUCACUUCUUUGGCUUUCUGGGGCCUUUUUUUGCGACAUUUGUGCCAAAGAAGGCACAGCCGAAGUGAGAAGAUGCAGCAUUUAAAGCACAUGUCAUGUUAUCAAAUUAGUUGUUUCGCAGUGAACAGAGGUUAGCUUAUUUGUACGCUUACGACACUUGAAGGGGCCGUUUGCAAAUGGCUCAAAGUUGCACUUUUUCAAUAUACGAGUAACUCGUUCGCUGGAUGGUGAUUGUUACGGCUAUAUGGGGGGUGUCCGAAGUGCGUCACAAGGGCUAUUUACGGCCCGUGGACCUUGAUUGAACAAAAACACUAAUUAUUUUUUUUUUAAACAGUAAAAAUUGACAAAAAAUAAUAGUAAAUUUACAAGAAUAAAGAAAAAAAAUUAAAGAAAAAAAUAUAAAUAUAAAAUAUAAAACUGAAAAAUUAAAUUAAAAAGUUAAAAUGUCCAAAAAGAAAGUUGAAAUAUUUAGAAAAAAAAUUUGUUAAAGUUGCAAAAAGGUCUCAUGCAAGGAGAAAAAGUCCACAUUAACAAUUCACUUAGUUACAGAUACAGAUUAUUUUUCUUUAACUAUAAAAAACGUUUGGCCACCCCUGGGUUAUACAGUCAAUGAUAGCUAUCGUUAGGAGUUAAACUUGGCCAAAUUGCUAUCAUUAGCUGUCAACAAAUGUGUGUGCGUUAUGCGAGGCGCCGCUCACAUGCUCGGAGUAGGAAGUGCUUGAAAGUUAGCGUCCCUUUAACAAUGUUAGCAUGUAACAUUCCUACAUUGCCUGGACAGUUAACAAAGGUUUCAUGACGGCAACAGUUUGAAACUACAAUUUUCCAAAUUUGUUUGGAGUUUCUUUUUUUUUUUUUAUUAAAAAACAACAACUGUUUCAAAUGUGCAGCUUAAAAAAAAAAUUGAAGCUGCAUGGUUGUCGUUCGACAGUUAUGUUUGAUAAAGACGGCAACAGGAAGUGAUUAUUUCUGCAUUCAACGACCUCUUUCAGUACGAAACCAACCAAAACGAAUGGCAUGAUGGUUCAACAUGGCACCAGCCUGGUGUUGGAAUGACCCGGUAUCUGCAUACGCUCUUUAACAGUAUUGCGUCGAAACAAAUCAGGAAGUCGGCGUGCCUCGGCCACACCCCGUCUCCCUGCUGCUGUAACCCCGCCCUCUCUGUGAUGACCAAUCAAGCUCAAGGGUCAGGCCCCUAAAGAUGGAUUCCAAAGAUAUCUCAGUGGUCAAAACAUCUCCUCAAAGCAGCACUUUCUCUCCAAGCUCCAGAGGAGGAAACAUGCGACACAUUCAUGACUCCAAACCCAAUACGAGCGUGCCCAGGCUGCCCCGGGCCGCCGACUCCGUCCCGCAGGGAGGCAUCAGGAUGACCUUGGAGAACGCUCAUCUCUGGAAGUCCUUUCACAGCAAAGGAACAGAGAUGAUUAUCACGAAACAUGGAAGGAGGAUGUUCCCACACUGCAGCGUCAGCGUAACAGGCCUCCAGCCUUUUGCCAAGUACAUCGUCAUGAUGGACAUGAUUCCAGCAGACCGUUUCAAAUACAAGUGGAAAAAUGAGCAGUGGGAGUUGGCAGGGAAGGCGGAGCCUCAGCCCCCACGUAGGUCAUACAUGCACCCAGACUCCCCCGCACUAGGAAGUCACUGGAUGAAGCAGUCUUUGUCCUUUCUGAAGAUGAAGCUCACCAACAACACCUUGGACCAGCACGGCCAUAUCAUCCUCCACUCCAUGCAUCGCUACUACCCCAGGUUUCACGUCAUCCAGACAGACAGUCCAUACCUGGUCCGCUGGGCCCCCUUUCGGUCUUUCUCCUUCCUGGAGAUGACCUUCACUGCAGUCACCGCCUACCAGAACCCAAAGAUCACAAAGUUGAAGAUUGACCACAACCCAUUUGCUAAAGCAUUCCGGGAGGGAGGCACACACGCACAAGGGAAAAGGUGUCGUCCUUCAGAGAAAAUGUCCUCAGCGGACAGGAAAGUUGUAUGCAAAAGUUCUUCAGGCCUGCGGGGGACACCUUCUUCCACUCAGUCGGAAGAGACAGACAAGAGUCAGGUUGCACAGACCAUGAAGCGGGGUCCACAUCCCAGCUGGUCUAAGGAGCAGGACGCCUCUGAGAGUCUACAUGGGGAGCCUCUGGAGCUGCAUGAGUACGACUACAGCUGUGAGGAGCAGAUGGUGCCGGCGUCAGUGACCUAUCAACACCACAGGUCGGAUUUAAGGUCUGUAGAAUACACCAGAUUUGGGUUCCCCUCCAGUGAGGCAGACACGCCCCAUGCCCUCGCCCCAGCUCAACGGGACACCCGGCAGCAAGGCUCCUCCCACCACCACCCCAGCAACACAGCCGACUGGAGCCAGUACCCGCUCUUCUCCUACUCCUCCUGGUGAACCCUGGCUGAGAGGAGCAGACAGAGGAGAUGUACAGAAGUGUAUAAAUGUAUACCAUGUUUACCGUCUCACCAGGAGUGUUGCCCUUUUACCUGCAGGUUUAUUUUGGCUUGCAAAUGAACAUUUUUGCUUUGCAUUUGAAAAGUAUUGUUUUGUUUUUUUACUGGAAAGCAGGUCUUUUUCCUGUCAUCUGGGAAAACCAAAACCAGUAGAACGAUGUGCCAUUAUAUUAACGUUCAUUGCUUUUGCGUCAGGUGUUGCUUAAAGAGAAGAAAGUAUCAUAGUAGCAAAAAUAAUGGUUCUGCCUUGAAAACACAAAAAUAUUAUUGUAAGCACCCAAGAGACGUGAUGACAUAAUUCUUGCUACUGAUGAAAUUAUUUCUUAAGGCAAGAUUUGCUACUAGA